AUGGACGGCACACAAGACAUCCCCAAUCUCGACCAAAUCUCCGAGCAACAAGCGGAUCCUACCCUGCAGAAGGCUUCUGGUAGCACCGAUGCAAAGCCCAAAGUCAGGACCGAGUCCAAGUCUGGUGCUCAGAGACCGCCGUUGAACAGAUUCACCACCAGCCACGAGAACGUACUCCAUGAGAACUUCAUUGGUGCAAUUGACCAAGGAACCACUUCGUCGAGAUUCAUAAUCUUCGACGGAGUGGGUGAGCCCGUAGCAAUGCAUCAGAUCGAGUUCGAGCAGAAGUAUCCCGAGUCUGGUUGGCACGAACACGACCCCUGGGAACUCGUCUCCUCGGUAGAGACUUGUAUCGAGGAGGCUACCAAGAAGUUCCUCGAGAAGGGCCACAAGGUCUCGGACAUCAAGGCAAUCGGUCUAACCAACCAGAGAGAAACGACUCUGGUCUGGGAUGCCGAGACCGGAGAGCCUCUGCACAAUGCCAUUGCCUGGCCCGACACCAGAACAAAGGGUCUUGUUCGCGAGUUCAAAGAACGCAAAGGCGACCAGAACUUGUCUGCCAUCUGUGGUAUUCCUCUGUCGACAUAUCCCUCUUGUCUCAAACUCGUUUGGAUGCUGCGCCAUGUACCAGAAGUGCAAAAAGCCUACGACGAGGGUCGCCUGUGUUUCGGUACCGUCGACUCUUGGUUGAUCUAUAACCUCAACGGAGGAAAGGAGAAAAAUGUGUUCGUCACGGACUCUACAAACGCUUCAAGAACUAUGUUCAUGAACCUUCACACCUGUCAAUACGAUGACGAGCUCCUCAGCUUCUUUGACCUCGACCGUACCAAGCUCAGGCUACCCAAGAUUGUUCCCUCGUCUUGCGCCGAUGCCUACGGUACCCUGUCUAAGGGUAUUCUCAAGGGCUUGAAGAUUGCCGGAUGUCUCGGUGAUCAGUCUUCGGCACUGGUCGGUCAACAAGGCUUCACUCCUGGUUCCGCCAAGAAUACAUAUGGUACCGGUUGUUUCCUCCUCUACAACGUUGGCGAGAAGCCCACCAUUUCUACCCACGGUCUCCUUGCCACAGUCGCCUACGACUUCGGUCGCAACAGAAAACCAGUCUACGCGCUCGAGGGGUCCGUCGCUGUCGCUGGCUCUGGUGUAAAAUUCUUGAUGAACAACAUGGGUUUCAUUGCACAUGCCGAGAAGGUUUCGGAACUCGCUUCUACCGUCGACGACAAUGGAGGUCUCGUUUUCGUCACUGCCUUCUCUGGUCUUUUUGCGCCAUACUGGAUCGAUGAUGCAAAGGGCACUAUCUUUGGUAUCACUCAGCACACCCAGAGGGGCCACAUUGCACGUGCCACUCUUGAAGCCACCUGCUUCCAGACCAAGGCUAUCCUCGACGCCAUGGAGAAGGACAGUGGACAUGCCUUGUCAGACUUGGCUGUCGAUGGUGGUAUGAGUAACUCGAACAUUUGCAUGCAGGUAUGUCAAGAAGAUGACCAUACACAAUCAAACAUUAUCGGCAUCCCCGUCAAUCGUCCCGCCAUGCGCGAAACAACCGCUCUGGGCGCCGCCAUCGCCGCCGGUUUCGCGGUCGAUAUCUGGAAAGAGUUCAGCGAGCUCAAGGCUAUCAACCAAAAGAAUCGCAUGGUCUUCGAGCCCGAGGUCACUCCUGAAGAGAGCCAAAAGAUGUUCAAGAAGUGGGAUCGUGCUGUCAGCAUGUGUCGUGGCUGGCUCGACGUGGACGAGGUCACUGAGCGCUAA